AUGGCAGCCCCCGAAUAUAUAGCUGCUUUAGGUGAAUGGCUUCACGAUUGUCUCUCCAACCACUCAAGAUGCCAUUUCGCUAUCUCCAGCAGUACACUAUUCGACCCUCGAUCAAUAGAGCUUCCUACUCGUUGCAUUGAAGUCACGCCCACUGCUGCCUACUUGAGAGAUACGCAGGGGGCCAAGGGAAGCUAUGUCGCUCUAAGCCACCGUUGGAAUCCAGAAGCUGAGGCCGUAAAGACUACGUCAGCCAACUUUCAGCAACGCAUGUCUGAGACAGAGCUUGGGCUCCUUUCGAAAACUCUUGAAGACGCCAUCACGAUCGUGCGCAAAUUGGAGAUCCGAUACCUAUGGAUUGACACUAUUUGCAUCAUUCAAGGGACUGACGACUGGAACCAGGAGAAGUUCAAAAUGGGCCAAUAUUACGAACGUGCUCUAUUCACUAUUUCCGCCAUAGGAGGUUGCAUUCAAGCCGGAAAAGAUUCCGGUAUUCUCGAAGCUCAACCACCCAAAUCACUUGUCCGUCUUGCUUUCAAAGAAAACGGCAUCCGAAAAGGGUCGGUAUUCCUCUAUAGACGUGACGAUAAGGCCUUGUUUCUGACGGAUGUUGCACGGAGCGAACUAAUCUCACGCGGCUGGGUGUUUCAGGAGACGCUUCUUAGUAAACGUAUCAUUUACUUUACUAACAAAGUGAGUUUCUUGGAGUGCUGUUCCGAGGCACCGCGAAGUUUCUGUAAUGAUAUGAUUACGGAAGUGCCACGGCCCUGGGAGGCAAAAUCUUCUUCAAAUGUCUCUCGAAUACUACCGACCCACUCAUUGAAGGUCAACCUUGCUUUGGACUAUGACCCACUGACUAUGUGGUACAAUAUCGUAACAGGAUUCUCAAAAACCAUCCUUACGCAACAGAACGACCACCUUGCAGCUAUAUCGGGGGCAGCCUUUGAGUAUGGAGGGGCUAUCGAAAGAAAACGGCUAGAGAAAAGCGACAAGAGAUGGAAGAAUACGAAGCCUACACAAGAUUACCUUAGUGGACUCUGGCUAGAAGAUAUUCAUUAUGGCUUGAUGUGGUUUGCCGUCGACCACCAGAAUCGGGAAUGCCCAUGCGGUGCUCCUUCAUGGUCAUGGCUCUCAAACCAAGGCGAAGUUGAGUGGCAGCGCAGGGAUGACAUGUCUCAGUCUAGCCUCAAGGUACUUGGAGCAGAAUAUGAAGAAGAGGCCCAGGGAGUUCGCCGCUUGCCCGAAGUUGUUAUCAUGACGACCAAGCUUCGUGUCAAAGCGAAGAUGCAGCCGCUUCUUAUUAUGCCAGGCAUUCAAGAUGCAAAAGACAUGAGCGUUUUAACAGGUGUAAGGGUUCAAGCAUCGCCGUGUAAUCAGUAUUACACAUUCUGCCACCCAAGCUCACCAGAUUGGGCUGGUGGCUGGGCAAAGUUUGAGAGGGAUCCGCGAGUGGUAGAAUUGAAUAACAUCUCGUCAGGAAUAGGAGCGACAUUAGCUAUACACGUUGCAUCAAGACAAGCAAAUGACAGAGAAGGGUUAAUUGAGCACUUUAUGGACCUUGGGAGGACAGUUUAUGAAGUGAUAUUUGUUAAAUGCAUUAAGGAUGAGACAUUUCAAAGGCUAGGGGCAGGAUUUACCUGUGACUUGACUAUUGCUCAAGGGUUCCAAGCAGUGGAAGAUAUAGAAAUAACUUUAAUAUAA